GACUAGAGAUAUUUUAGCAAAAUCGAACUUAAAAAUUAGAACGUCAUUUGUUGUGCUGGCGUAGUACGUGCCACUUAUUUCUUGUCGAUUUGUGGCGACGGUAAUUCGGUUGAAUGCGGUAAAACGACGGAACGUUCUCGAGUUGAAAGUUGGUGUUUUGAUGUUUGCAGUUCCGGCGAAGUAGAACAACGAAACAGACCACGGGGGUCGCACGCGGAGUACCGAUACGCGUGUACGGUGUGCGCGGAUAUCAUAAAUAAUUAUUUUUUUAAACCCCGUCCCAAUUGUAAUUGCGGUUUAAUCGAAAUCCUGCACGUAGCGUAGCGUGAUUUCCGUAUUCGAUUAAUCUACAAGGCCGGCUUGACUACUGAACUCUAAUAAAUAUGGCGAACAGUGUAGCACCAGAUUCAUGGGAACAGCAGGCGGAUAACGGAGACAUCGCUCCACCACAGGAUAAGUCCAUCGAAAGCAAUACUACACCAGAGGUUCUAUUAGAUCCAGUGGGUAGUCGUGUAGAAGAACCACCUGCUGGAGGAGGGGCACCACCUCCGAAUGUUACUGAUCAAAUAAAUAGUAGCCCUGAACAUCAACCAGCUGAUUCAUGGGAAGAAGCAGCAGUAGAUGGUGAUCCUCUCUUAACUCCUGAAAAUGAAGAAGCUGAAAAUGAAGAAGAUGAAGAAAUGGUUGUUAAAGUACCUAAGAAAAAGCCUGUUAAAGUAACAGAGGAUACUAAAAGUAAAAAGGAACAUGUUAAUGUUGUUUUUAUAGGACAUGUUGAUGCAGGAAAAUCAACAAUUGGAGGUCAAAUUAUGGCAUUAACGGGAAUGGUUGAUAAAAGAACUUUAGAAAAAUAUGAAAGAGAAGCAAAAGAAAGAAGUAGAGAAACGUGGUACUUGAGUUGGGCUCUAGAUACAAAUCAAGAGGAACGAGAAAAAGGAAAAACGGUGGAAGUCGGUAGAGCGUACUUUGAAACUGAACGAAAGCAUUUCACAAUUUUAGAUGCACCUGGUCAUAAGAGUUUUGUACCUAAUAUGAUUGGUGGCGCGGCACAAGCUGAUCUUGCGGUAUUAGUUAUUUCCGCGCGAAAAGGGGAAUUCGAAACUGGUUUCGAUAGAGGCGGUCAAACGAGAGAACAUGCUAUGCUGGCUAAAACUGCUGGUGUUAAACAUCUGGUUGUGCUAGUAAAUAAAAUGGACGAUCCAACUGUAGAAUGGGAUGAAAGAAGAUACAAUGAGUGCAGGGACAAAAUACUGCCAUACCUUCGUAAACUGGGAUUCAAUCCUGCAAAGGAUCUGACAUUUAUGCCAGUCUCAGGGCAACUUGGAUAUGGUUUGAAAGAUCCAAUACCAGAACACCUUUGUACGUGGUACACUGGUCCACCAUUCAUAUCUUUCAUAGAUUCUCUACCCUCACUUAAUCGUAAAAAUAACGGACCUUUCAUUAUGCCAAUCGUUGAUAAGUAUAAGGAUAUGGGAACAGUGGUAAUGGGAAAGGUCGAAGCUGGAGAAGCAAAGAAAGGACAGUCGUUAUUGGUUAUGCCAAACAGGACGGCAGUGACGGUAGAUCAAUUGUGGUCGGAUGAUGAAGAAGUAACAUCAGUUGGACCUGGAGAAAAUGUAAAGAUCAAGUUAAAAGGUAUCGAAGAAGAAGACGUAAGUCCUGGAUUUGUUCUGUGUGACAGUAACAAUCCGAUAAAAACAGGAAAAGUGUUUGACGCUCAAGUUGUAAUUUUGGAGCAUAAGAGCAUUAUUUGUGCUGGUUAUAGUGCUGUAAUGCAUAUUCAUUGUGCCGCAGAAGAAGUUAGAGUAAAAGCAUUGAUCUGUUUGGUCGAUAAAAAAACCGGCGAUAAAAGUAAAACCAGGCCAAGGUUUGUCAAACAGGAUCAAGUUGCAAUAAUGAGAAUCGAAUGUGCAGGUGUCAUAUGCCUUGAAAAAUUUAAACUGUUUCCACAGAUGGGACGUUUCACCCUUAGGGAUGAAAAUAAGACUAUUGCAAUUGGCAAGGUGCUGAAAGUGGUGGAGUAAAGUUGCUCAACUGUGACCACAGAUUGGGAUAAUAAUCAACUUUGAUAACGAAGAAUACGCAAAAGACGCAAGCCGAAUACAGUACGCACGAGAAAAAAACGGAACUAGCGUGAUUACUCGCGAACUACUGUUAAUGUAACAUACACUCAUCUUACACAAGAAGCAAAAAAAGUUCUACAUCAAAGAAAAGCACAUACAUCGUAUGCACAGACAGUUGGGUCGGGGUUUGGGGUUACGGGGGGAGGGUGGGUAUUUAUAACCUGAAAUAAAAAAGCAAAUAGAUUUGAUUAUAUAGAUAAGGAGACAAAACCACUAAAAAAAACUCAAGAGCGCGUGUUCCUUCUAACUAGGUAAGCCGAACGACAGCACUCAUGUUGAGUUCAUUACAAAUGAAUUAAUGAUCAAAUGACGAACAGUGUCUCCUUAAUAUUGUAAAACACGAUAUUUUUAUUCUUCUGAGGUGCGAGACAUUAAUGAACGUAAAAGAAGAGGAUACCGAUUACGAGAUAAAAACUAAGGAAAAAUAUUAAUAUUAUUAUAAUGAUUAUUGAAUAAUUAUUAUUAAAUUGGUGGUAAGAAGUGAAGGAAUGAAAAAAAAAAAAACAGAAAUUUAUUAAAUCAGCCAGAUAGUGUUACACGACAAUUUAUAAUUAUAAA